AUGCUAUUCAAUAAUAAUAAUAGUAAUAUCAUUCCACGUUCUAUUUUGAAUAAUAACACUAUUGAUUAUUCAAACGUGCCCAUUACAUGGGAACAACCUAAUCGAGCCACUUUUAUUAAUUCUGCACUCUCUAGUGCAACCACCUGUGUGUCUGAUACAGGCUCAUUAGACUUUUCUAACUUCAUUAAUGAUUCUACUUCCAAUCCACGAUCUCCAGUCUUUUCUAUUUCUAGCAGUACGCCCUUUAGCAAUUAUGGGAUAUUAAGAAGAAGAAACGCGAUUUCUAUUGCUCGUGGUGCAAUAAAUCCGUAUCGUGAAUCAAUUACUGCCAUUUUACCAAAUAAUGUAGAAGAUGACUAUGUCUCUUCUGCUAAAGAAGAGGCUGAAGAACUAGGUAUAUCAUUCAUUGGAUAUUUUCAAGGUGUACCUUACUAUGGUAUACUUUGA